AUGCAGAGACAAAAGCCAUACAGACCAAGACCAACUCCAGCGUUUAUGAACAUAUAUGAUCUAACACUCAACAUGAGAUUAUAUUUGGUUUAAGAAAAUGGACCAACAAAACUUGUGUUAGAAGAUCCAGAACAUAAAAAGUUCAAAAUUUAAAUUGGUUAAGAAGUCACAUGUUCUUGUGGAGGAGGCAAAGCUGAACAUUGUGCACACACAAUAUAAGAUGGAGAUCCAUUACUUUGGUAACUGUCUUAUAUUGAUUCAGAGAUAUCGAGAAUUCUUCAAAACAGAAUGAGGGCUUAACAUGAAAUUACUUCAACUAGGAGAAGAGAUGUGGAAAAACCGAUUAAAGAUGGAAAGAAAGUUGACAAGAGGGAUAAAGUUAAAAGAAUGGAAUUAGAUCCUGAGGAAACUUGCUGUGUCUGUUAUGAAGAAAUGAAAGAGACAGAAAAUCUUACCUUUUGUAAAUUUGGCUGUGGUAGAAAUAUCCAUAUUGAUUGUAUUGAGGUUUGGGUAAAGCAUAAAAUAUCUGUUGCAUAAAAAAUUACUUGCCCUCUUUGUAGAAUAGACUGGGGUCCUAAUGCAUUAGAGGAUUUGAAAGAGGAGACCAAAAAUUACAGAGAUAAACUUAAAGAAAAAAACUCAAAAAAAAGUAAAACCGAUGAUUAAGUUGAUCGAAGCUUUAAGUGCUCUUGUUGCAAAAGAAAAUUGACUUAUGAAGCUAAGCUAUAGUGCAUUUAGUGCGCAGAUGUUGAAAUAUGCAAAUUAUGCUUUUCUGGUAGAUACCAUGACCAUCAUGAUUUCAUGAUAAGACCAAGUCCUGAUAAAGAUUGGGAACCUGCUUUUAGGGGUAAUGCCUCAAGUUAUAAUGAGGAAUAUGUUAGGCUAAUGACUGAAUUACAAAGCAGAGAGAUAAGGCCAGAAGACUAUGAAAUGCUCUUACAAUUAGAGUAGAGCUCUAAUAAAGUCCCAUUACCAAAAUAUUUGGUUUCUGUCUUUGAUAAAGCAAAUCCUCCAACUGAGGAAUACCUUAGCAAUUCGAAUGCUGUUUGUAAUUUUUGUUCCUCAAAGAUUGAGGACAAGACAAAAGGCUUACCUUUGAGAAACUGUCAUCAUUAUGUCCAUAAGAACUGCCUCGAAGAUAUGUUCAGAUUGAAGAAGAGUAAAUGUCAGACUUGCCAAAAAGUAAUCGCUGAUGGCUUCGAAAAGUCAUUGCGCAUUGUUAGAAAAAAACCAAAAGUUGACACAAAAAAGAAACAACUUGAGGAAACCAAAGUCAAAGUAUUACAAGAGAUAUAAGAAAGAGUAUAACCGAUAAGUUUUGGGAUUGAGGGAGUGGCUUUAAUAGGAAAUCCUGAAGACUAAGUAGACCCCAGAUCACUCUACACUAAUAGCACAUAAUAAUUUAAGAUUAGACAAUAAGGGGUUAAACCAAAUGGUAAAAGAUUUAUCCCAAAAGGAAAGGUUUAACCAGAGACUAACAAUCAAUUUGAUUUUAGAUUGAAUGGAAGGCUAGAUCCUAGAUAAAAAAAGGGCUCUCUCAACAACCAAAUAACAGAAAUUUAGUCUAGCAUGAAGAAUAGUUAAAUUUUGGUUAGCCUUCUAUACCAAGUAGUAAUCAUUUUGCUAAUUUUGGCGGCAAUGCUUAACGAGAAAAUCUAGGAGUAUAAAUUACAGCAGAACAUAUCAAUAGGAAUAAAUGGAAAUGGUUUAAUGAUAGGAAAUGAAUUUGGUAAUGGCUAGGAUAAUCUGAUAGGACUCUCUUAAAAUGGCCUUUAAAAUAAGAAAGGAAUUCUAAGUCAAAGACCUCCAAGAAAACAACCAAUUAGUGGUUUAGCUAGUAAAAAUUAAAGAGAAUAACUGAGAUAAGAAACUUUAUAGUUAAACGCUUAAGCUAUACUCAAUACAAAUGGAAUGAGAAUCAAUAAUUUAAAUACAAGCUAGCAUAAUACUUUUGAAUUGCCUCCACUGUCCAGUAGCAGUAGAAGAUCGACUUAAAUGCAAAGCAGCUCUUAAUCAGCUACUGGUUCGAUCUAAAAUAUAUCUUAGAAUCGAAACUCAGAUAUUUAAUAUAGGUAGAAUCUAAUUUAAAGACAUCAAUAGCUAGAGGAAGAAUUCAAGUAAAUGAUUGGUGGAGCAAAUAACAGAGAUUACUCUCAAUGGAAUGAAGACGGGUAAAUAGAGGAAGAUGACAGUGAAUAAGCUAGAUAUGCAGCUUUGCAAUUGUAGAUAUAAAAUAGAAUUAGAUCAUAGUAUGAUGAAGCUUAAGAUGUAUAAUAUAGUAGUGAUAAUGAUGGUGGCAUGAAUGAUGAUUAUUAAGCUGUUGAUGAAAGUGAAGAAGCCAAUAACAAUAACAUUUUAUAAUCUAAUGAAUAAGAUAACGAUGAAUACUGA